AUGUACUGGACAAGCGAAGCCAACGCAAAGCUCUUGGUCGGUGUAUUGGAGCAGAUGCGCGGCAGAAUGAAGCUUGAUUACGAACGACUGGCCACUCACAUGGGCACCGACUGUACGGCGUGCGCGAUUGAGCAGCAGAUUAUAAAGCUCAGGCGCCAGGCGAGUAACUCCAGUCCCACCAAGAGCACUGCCGGCAGCUCCGGUAACAAGUCGACCUCAACUACUCCGUCAACUACCCCCAAGAAGCGACAGGCUGAUACCACAUGCAUGUCUGCGAUGGGUUCGGCUAAGAAGAUCAAGUUGGAUGAUAAGAAUGCCUUCAUCUCUUCUUCUCUGUCGGUUACGGGGAAGCGGGAUGCCGAACCUGAUGUCGUCUUCGUUAAGACAGAGACUAAGUCCAUGGUCAAGAACGAGUUCAAGAAGGAGAGAUUGUGA